UAGAUGGGUAGCAUAGCAAGAAAAUGGAGAGAUCUUAGUGGCCGAAGUAACUGGAAGGGUCUCCUAGAUCCUCUAGAUAUUGACCUUCGCCGGUACAUAAUACACUAUGGAGAAUUAGCUCAAGCUACAUAUGAUGCUUUUAAUUCAGAAAAGGCAUCUAAGUAUGCUGGUAGCAGUCUAUAUUCUAAAAGGGAUUUCUUUUCCAAGGUUGGUUUGGAAAAUGGGAAUCCCUUCAAGUAUUUUGUUACUAAGUUUCUAUAUGCAACAUCCAAAGCCAGUGCUCCUGAAGCGUUUAUCUUGAAGUCCUUUUCAAAAGACGCUUGGAGCAUGGAAUCAAAUUGGAUAGGGUAUGUUGCUGUUUGCACUGAUGAAGGCAACGCAGCAUUAGGGAGGAGAGACAUAGUGGUUGCUUGGAGAGGAACAAUUGAGGCCGCGGAAUGGGUAAAUGAUUUUCAUUUCUUUUUGGAUCCUGCCCCACUAAUAUUUGGUCAUGAUUCUCCUGCCCAAAUACACAACGGUUUUUACUCCAUUUACACAUCAAAUAACCCAGGUUCACAAUUCACUGGUACCAGUGCAAGAAAUCAGGUCUUGGACGAGGUUAGAAGGCUUGUGGAGGAAUAUAAGAAUGAAGAGAUUAGCAUAACUGUGACAGGGCACAGUUUGGGUGCUGCACUUGCGACUAUAAAUGCAGUGGACAUAGUUGCCCAAGGGUUGAACAUACCAAAAGACCAGCCUCAAAAAGCGUGUCCAGUAACAGCAUUUGCGUUCGCGGGUCCUCGUGUUGGAAACUCAAGCUUCGGGAAGAUCUUUAAUGGGUUCAAAGAUUUGAGGGCAUUGCAUAUUCGUAAUGAAUCAGAUAUAGUUCCAAUUAGUCUCUUUCUAGGCUUUUCGAGUGUGGGAGAAGAAUUAGUGAUCGACACUGGAAAAUCUAAGUACUUGAAGAGCGGGGUGAGUUCGCAUAACUUGGAAGUUUAUUUGCACGGAGUUGCGGGAACACGAGGGAAAAAGAGAGAGUUCAAUUUGGAGGUGGAUCGUGACAUUGCACUUGUGAACAAGUCCAUCGAUGCUUUGAAAGAUGAAUUUCUUGUUCCCGUGGCAUGGAGUGUACCCGAGAACAAGGGUAUGAUUCAACAAUCAAAUGGUGCUUGGAAGUUUGUGGAUCAUAAUGAAGACGAUGUUCAAUCCAUACAUGCUAAUUUAUAG